AUGUCCGAAAAAGGUCCAUGUACUAAUACAAAUUGUGAUAAUGAAAUAAAAGAAUUAUAUAAAUGUCAUUGUUGUUUAAAACGUGUAUGUUUAACUCAUUUGAUUGAACAUGUUGAAAUAAGAAAACAAAAUAAACAACGAUUAGAUAAUCUUUGUUAUGAAUUAAAUACAGGUAUAAAUACACUUAAUUUAAUUGUUGAAGAAAAAUUAUUUAUUAUUAAACGUGAGCAAAACUUGAUUGAACAAGCCAAACAACUUGUUAAUACAUCUAAUAGUACAAUUGCUGAACUACAGAAUAGUAUCGAACAAAUUAACUUAGCUAUACUAUCAAAUCGCCCAGAAGAAAUUAUGUUGAAAGUCGAACCUAUAUUAUCCGAAAUGAAAGAUUGUUCGUGUGUUUCUGAAUGUAAUAUGGAAACUAUCAAUUCAAAUGAUAUAACAAAAGAAGUUGAAAUCUCUGAAGAUGAUAAACAUUCAACUUCUAUCAAUCAUGAUGUUUUAAAUAGUAUUUCAUCCAAUGAAAAUAUGGAAUUUGAUAAGAACAAGUACGUAAAUGAAGAAAAAAAGAAAAGUAAACGAAAAUCAUACAGAGCAAUUGUGGAUGAAUGUCCAUUAAUAUUUGAUGGAGUAUAUGGUCUUACUAAAUCAAAUCAUUUAAUUGAAUUUUGUGAAUAUGAAAAAGAUUGUCGAGUCUUACUUUAUAAUCAUUUCAUCAGAAAACAUAAAUUAAAAGAAAUUUGUGCUAAACGUUUAACAGAAGCUGUUGCUGAUAAUCUUGAUCCAAGAACAACAAAAUUAUUUAAUGAAAAUGAAAGUAUAAUUGAUUAUCUUUGGGAAGUUCCAUGUCCUUUUAUAAACGGAACACUUGACUUACCAGAAUAUCGUCAAAAAUAUACAAAAAAUAUCCCAUGUUCACAUAAAUUAGUUCGACUUGAUCAUUUAAAAAAUCAUUUACGAUGUCAUCAUGAUGUUGAAAAUAGAUUUGCACAAAAGUUAGUUGAUGUUUUCAAAGAGCUUCGAUCAAAAUAUAAUACAACGACAUCUUUAUUUAUUCCAUCAACAUGA